UACAACACACCACCGCAAGCAGGCCGUGGCGCUGCCAACUUGAACCCCCCGUCUUCUCUGUCUCGGUCACCAGCUGAAGGGCCAUUACCAGCCUCGGUCCACCAUGGCAACCUUUACCAAGAUCCACGAGAGCGAAACGCCCUCCAUCUCCGUCCACCCCUCCAACACGGUCGCCAAGGUCAACGACAAUCUGUAUGGUGGUUUUACCGAGCACAUGGGCCGCUGCAUCUAUGGCGGCAUCUACGACCCCGGCAACCCUCUGUCAGACGAACGAGGUUUCCGCAAAGACGUGAUCGAGGCAUUCAAGGAGCUCAAAGUGCCUGUAGUGCGCUAUCCUGGCGGCAACUUUGUGGCCACUUACCAUUGGCUUGAUGGCGUUGGACCAAAGGAGAAUAGGCCCAAGAGGCCUGAGCUUGCAUGGAUCGGCAUUGAGCCCAACACGUUCGGAACUGAUGAAUUCAUGCAAUGGUGUGAAGAAGUCGGCACCGAGCCUUACCUUUGCUUGAACUUUGGUACCGGAACCCUUGAUGAAGCUCUGGGAUGGCUUGAGUACUGCAACUCGGACCGAGAUACCUACUACGCCAAUCUCCGUCGCAAGAAUGGCCGUGAAAAGCCUUACAAUGUCAAAUACUGGGCUCUCGGAAACGAGUGCUGGGGCCCGUGGCAAGUCGAGCAAAUGACCAAAGAGGACUACGCCAAGAAGGCUUACCAAUGGGCCAAGGCAUUGAAGCUACUCGACCCAAACAUCACCACUAUUUUGUGCGGAGAGACCGGUUACUCGUCCUGGGACUAUUAUGUGCUGAACCAAUGCGUAAAGUGGGACGUCCACGGCCUUAGCGGCGACACAACAAAAAGCCUAAUUGACAUGCACUCGAUCCACAUCUACACGGCAGACAAGGAUCAUCUUCCCAAUGCCACCGCACCCAGGGCAGCCGAGCGCGCGGUACAAAUGGCAGCCAGCCUGAUUGACCUUGCACGCAUCGAGAACAAGGUUCCCGUGACGGUGCCCAGGCAAACCAUCUGCUUCGAUGAAUGGAAUGUCUGGGACUCCAUGCGUGCACCUGGCGAACUUGGCGCAGAGGAAAAAUACACGCUCUCUGAUGCCCUCGCCGUCGCCAACUUCCUCAACGGCUUCAUCCGCCAAGCAAAAGACGUGGGCAUGGCGACCGUCGCGCAAAGCGUAAAUGUCAUCUCGCCCCUGAUGACUACAAAGGAAGGCCUCAUCAAGCAAACCACGUGGUGGCCCCUCCUCCUCUUUUCAAAGUACAUGCGUGGCCACACCAUUGCACUCAAUGUGCGGACACCCGAAUACACGGGUCGCACAAACCCCAGCUGGAUCCGCGGCACCAUUGAGACGCCGUACUUGGACUGCAGUGCUACGCUUAGCGACGACGGUUUCGUCAACCUUGCUGUUACAAAUGUGCACGAGACACAGGACUUUGCGGUUGACAUUUCGGGCCUCAAGGCCGACCAGGUAGAGGUGCAUACUGUCACGGGAGACGGUGUCAGCGUGGUGAAUACCGACGGGGUGCAAAAUGUUGGUAUCAAGGAGAGCAGCUGGGAUGGACAGGGCAAGUUCAAGUUUGGCAAGCAUUCGUUUACCCUGCUUAGGUGGAAGGCUUAGGCGAGUCUGCAUGGAAAUGGCCGUCUAUGACAAUCAAAAGCGUCCUCCUACCAUUGCCCGGUAUCCAUGUACUUCUUGACGCGCAUCAGCAACGCGUCCCUGAAUGCCCACAGCUCAUCUGCAUAGGUAAACAAAAAGUACGAGGCAACGACUACACUGCCCGGCAGGACUAUAAGCAGUACAAAGUAUUGCACCAUACCCC